AUGAAUUCUUCUGUUUUGCAUGUCGUUGUAGUCGGGGACAGUCAAGUUGGCAAGACAAGCACUCUCCUGAAUUUGCGAGAACGUUAUUCAAAGACUCUCAUGCCCUUGUCCCGCAGUGAAUGUAUUCCAUCGGUUUUGGAUGCUUUUGAAAUUAAUUACCUUCCUAAUAACAAUAAUAAUUCUACCAAUGGAUCCUCCACGCCCUCUCCUGUAUGCAUGGAUUUCUUUGAUAAAAUUCUAUUCAUUGAUACUCCUUCCGAUGAUGAUCAAAGCCUUUACCGAAAAGAGCACUUUUACAAAGAGGGUCAAGUAUUCGUGAUUAUGUUUGCUUUGGAUCGGAUAUCAUCAUUUGAAAAGGUCCAUGACUAUUAUUUGGAAAUUAAGGAGGCUGUGAUUACAAAUGUAACCAUGAUUCUUGUGGGUUGUAAAUGCGACUUGACCGAUCGGAGAGAAGUGACUUUAUUUGAGGGACUUGAAUUACAACGAAAAAUUGGAGCUAAAGUGUAUUUGGAAAUUUCCAAUGUGAGCGGAAAAAACUUGAACAGCCUUAUUGAUAAUUGUGUGAAACUAGGAAGCAAGCUCUUAAUGCAAUCUCCAAACUCUCCUUCGUCACAAUUAUCGGAUCGCUCCCAAAGAGAGCUCAUCAAUGAGUCUCGUCCAAAGAUAUUACAAAUAGUGAAGUGUCAACAGUAA